GCUAACCAACUUGCCAUCCGAACUUUGCAGCAACAAUGAGAGCCGCUAUAAAGGGCGAGCCCCGGCCGAAGGCUCUGCGCACCAACCUCCUCUUCUCUUCAGCAGCGCUCACUCACCUUCGCCAAUUUCGAUCUUUUCGUCUGCCACUCGACGUAGAACCGGUCUUCAUACGUCUGGCUAUUUCAACAGCUCUUCCUUCGACGCAAAGGCGCUCCAUCUGAGACCACGCGCUAGCGAUACUCAACAUCAGCGUGAAGCCGAGGUCCCUGAAUUCUCAAAUAUAGCGGGUCAUCACUGGAAAAGAAAUUUCAGUCAUGAAGCUCAAUGUCAACCACGUUGCACUAGCUAUCAGCCUCUCUCUUGCUUUCUCGUCUGGCACGGCCUUCGCUCUGCCCUUUCUCAGCGAUGACGAUAUUGACACAGUCACAUCUGUAGGACGUCAAGUCGCCGACGGCUUGCAGGCCGGUACGGGCAGCCGGGGCUUGCAGAGCGUCUCGGCCAUACCGAUUGACACCUCGUUGCUCAAUGGGCACAACGAACGGUCCUCGGUCCUCACAAGGAGCACUCCCCGAGCCCCAAUCAACCCCCCUGUCUGGGUACCUAUGGACCCGGAGCGCGAAGAGCUGGGGCCUGGCGAGGCACCGAGGCCAAAGAAGCCCCGACACGCCAAGAAGAAGAAGUCUGCUCAUCCCAAAAGAGUAGCCAAGAAAUCUUCAAAGAAGUCAGCUAAGCUGUCCCAAGUAGAGCGUAAGCUGUUGCAGCAUCAAUCGGCUUUGCGCGACCAGAAGAUGCCUAGGAGCAAAAGUGCCAAAGCAGGCAAGCCAGCUGAAGGGGGGCACCAUGGCAACUCCAAAAGUUCUCACAGCAACAGUCGGCCUCCACCACUGAACAAGUCAAAUCACAAGGGCAAAGCAGGCAAGGGCGCGCCACCGGGCAAAGGCGAUCACAAGCACCCCGGCAAUCUCAGAAGAUCUCUAGAUGAGAACGAACAGAUGUUCGAAAGGGACGAGCAGGACGAGCAGACAGAAAAAGCAGGGCAAGCUCCAGGACAAGGAGAGCCCAAGGGAGACGAGAUCGAGCAGCCGAAGGGCCCUCAGCCCACACUUGCGGGCAUGCUGCUGCCUAUCAAACGCUCUCUGUGGUCAUAUCCAUCCGGCGAUCUCUUUAUCUAUGACAGAGACAUUGGUGAAGCUGUCGAAGACGCACGUGACGACGAUGACGGCAACGUCUUUUGGGACCGAGAUAUCGAUGAUAUCGAGACUCGAGAUGGUGGACUCUCUGAGCAAGAGGUGAGUCCAAUCUACACAAAGUCUGCGCAUGCUACCGACACUGACAAGACCCCCAUGUGAUGCCCUUCUGGAAGCUCGAGGACGCCCGAGAGCUCUUGGCAGACUUAGUGACUUCCGAAGAUGCGCGAGACAGCGUAGCUCAAGAGCUUUUCGCUGCUUACCCACCCACAAUCGGCAAGAGAGGCGAACUCGACGACGCGAUCGAAGACGCAUGGGCUCGCGCUAUUGUUGAGGACGAUAUUG